UUUUCGGGUGUGUUGGGGUGUGUCUUUUAAAAAUUAUAGCAUUUUUCAUAAAUAUUAUGCUUAUAAAACGCAGUUUUAUAUGAGAACGAUACAAUCAUGGAAAUGUAUUUUAUUAUUACCCUUUUAAUAGUUGGAGUCAGCGGCAGCUUUCGAGACAGCGCUGGAAACAGAAUUGAAGAACUGAACAAAGUCGAAGGCCAAGAUUUAAUAACCUGGUGCACAACAUCCAUACUUGAGCAAACAAAAUGCGAGCAACUGGCUAAUAUUACUGCACAAGAGAAAGAUCUGUUUGGACUGGACUAUAUUCCACUUAAAUGUAAACGGGCUUUUGACUCAGAAGAGUGUAUGUCAUGGGUUGACCAAGGUGAUGCGUCCCUCCUCGCUCUUGAUGCUGGUGAAGUGUACGUAGCAGGGAGGUACCACUCAUUGGUACCAAUUAUGCAGGAGUUGUACGGCCACGGUGAACCCUAUCAAUAUGCUGUAGCUGUGGUGAAGAAGGGCAGUCUACCUGCGGUCCAGUCUUACACUGGACUUAGUGGCCUCCGAGGUGCCAAGGCGUGCUUCCCAGGUGUUGGAUCUCUGGCAGGAUGGGUUAUGCCUAUACAUAUUCUUAUGCAAGAAGGUGGUUUAAAGAUCACAGACUGCAACAACCAUGUGAAGUCUGCUGUGGAAUUCUUCGGAGAAUCCUGUGCUCCCAACUCCUUGAAGGACAUUUAUAAUCCGAUUGGUGAUAAUUCUGACAAGUUAUGCAAACUAUGUACGGGCGGUGCGGGCGUACGUUGUACCUUAGCAGAUCCGUACGCCGGGUACGAAGGAGCGCUCAAGUGUCUGAUAGCUAACAACACAGGAGAUAUCGCUUUUGUGAGGGACACCACGAUACAACAUGCGCUUCUGUCCGGUAAAAUUUUGGGUGGCGUCCGCGAAGACCACUUCGAGUUGAUCUGCCGCGACGGGUCCCGGAUGCCGGUGACGCGGUACGAGGAGUGCAACUGGGGCCGCGUGCCCGCUGAUGCCGUCGUCACCAGCAGCGCCGCUACUGUGGAGCAGAGGAAAAGAUAUCAAAGAUACCUGAAUCGCACAGUCGAGCUGUAUGGAGAAGCAAACCCAGCGAAUAGGGUGACCAACACAACUGAAUAUCAACGGGACGCUUUUGGCAAACGGCUCACUUCUACUACAGACCGGCCAAGAUUCUCCUUUGAUGGUUUCAGACGUGAACCCUAUCCGGAACCCAAAUAUUCUGAUAAAGAAGAGAAAAACAUGGUAACAUACGAACCAAGAAGAGGUCCCAACGGGCAGCAGAUCGACCCACCAUUUUACCUGUUCAGAUCCAACAUCACUACAGAUUUAUUGUUACAGGAUGCUACAAUCAGUUUCCAAACACUAAAGGAGGAACACCAAGCGGCUAAAUACAUAUUGAACAAUCAGUUUGUUGGUGACCAAGCCGAGAAGGCUGUCCGCGGGAUACAGGACUGUCCUGUGAAGCGAGCAGUGCUGUGUGUCACUAGUGUGCCUGAAAUGGAUAAAUGUGUUAAAAUGAGGGUGGCGCUGAAGGCGGCGUUCUUGUCCCCGGCGCUGGUGUGCUGGCAGGGCCAGGGGGCGGAGCACUGCGCGCGCGCCGUGGCAGAGGGCGUGGCCGACUUCGUCCUGCUGGACGCCGCGGACAUGCUGCACGCGGCCUACAGGCACCGCCUCGCGCCGUUCAUGCAGGAGAUCUACUCGAGCGGCGACAACUGGUACUACGCGGUCGCCGUGGCCAAGGAACAAGAUCCUGAUACGGACAUCACAUACCUUCGGGGCAAGAACACUUGCCACACUGGUAUAGGCAUGGCCGCCGGAUGGGUGUAUCCGCUAGCUUACUUGCUAAGUAACGGAUGGAUCAGGCCAUACGGGUGUGAUGGUGCUCGCGCCGCCGCUCAAUACUUCACGAAGUCGUGCGCGCCCGGUGCACUGAGCAGCGAAUACGUCGACGCCUACAGCGUGCCGCACGACAACCUGUGUCAUCUGUGUCAUGGAUCUUCAUUCAGACGGUGCCGUCGCGACGCUAGCGAGGACUACUUCGGCGACGUGGGCGCGUUGCGCUGCAUGGUGGAGGGGGGAGGGGACGUGGCGUUCGUGCGUCACUCCGCCCCCGCGGACGUGGUGGGCGGGCGGCGGCGCGAGUGGUGGGCGCGCGACCUUCUGCCGGACGACCUGCAGCUGCUGUGUCCCGAUGGCACCCGGGCAAAAAUGCACGAGUACGCGCGCUGCAACCUCGGCCGGGUACCGGGUUCGGUUCUGAUGGGACGGGCCAACCACACCGAGCUGGACACAUACUCCAACCUCAUGAUAUAUGCCCAGCAGCUGUACGGGGCCACGGCUACUGAUGAGUUCAGUUUCAGCAUGUUCUUCUCACCAGCGCCCUACGCCGAUCUCAUAUUCAGCGACGCGGCGGUCCGUCUAAAGCCUCUACCACACAAGAUGCGAUCCGCCGCGCUAGUCGCCGGCGACGCUUUGAUCCGCGCGACGCGACUUGUCUCGUGUGACGCGCCGCAAGCUGCGAGCUAUGUGGCCGCUGAUCCGGACUUCCUAUCAGGUGCGGAGAGACCGUUGGCUGGGGUGUUACUAGCGAUUGUGUUGGUAUUGUUGGUAUAGAAUUCGGGAGUAAGGAAAGUCUUACGGCCGAACUUAGAGAAAUUUAAUGAUGAUGAAAGGUGAGGGUCCACAAAUUAUCGGUAUCGGACGCACGCAACGGAGUAUGCCUCAUACUAAAAUCCGUUGCGUGCGUUGUGGUUUAGUGGACGCUGUUGUAUGAGUUCGUAUGCAAGGCAAACUAAAAUCGUUGCGUGCGAUGCGUCCGAUGCCGAUAAGUGGACGCUUACCUAAAACUUCAAUUUAAUUAAGAUUUUGACAGAUAAUGUAUGGAGCUUAUGUCAAAAUCUUUAUUGAAUUACAGUUAAGUAAUCAAUAUUCGACCCUGAGUGCAGCAGUUACUUAGAUAAGAUGUGAAUUAAAAGUAUUUUCCAAUUAGGCAAUAUGGAUACAUGGAUACAUCAUACACCAUUAAAAUAUAAUGACGUAACA